GAAAAUGUUGGGUCGAGUUUUGUGGCCCUAAUCGCCUUUGGCGUUUCAGGUGUUUGUUGUAGUUCCGAUUCCGUAGCUUCGGCUUUGCAGACGAGCCUCGAGGAACAUGGGAAAAAUGGAUUCACGGGCGAUUCCGGUUUUGCAGAAUGGGGUUUACUCUCCGCG